CGGCCCUAGCCGGUAGCACUUGGACGCCCCGCCCCUGCGGUCGUUCGCUGGGAAACGGCCGCGGACUGACCCCGCCCUCAGCCUGUAGCGAGCGAGAAACCGGGACGGCGUCCUGUAAGGGACACACUUCGGAGUUCAGCGCCUGCCACCGGGCUGGGGGCAAGUUUUCAAUUUGAGUAGUCUCUCCAUGAAACCUGGGUAAAGCCUUAUAUACAGAAGAGAGACUCCAAUCAGAAGUAUCAAUAAUAAGUUGGAAAAGAAACAUGUUGUCCUUAAGCAACCUGCAAAACAUCAUCUAUAACCCGACAGUCCCCUAUGUUGGCACCAUUGCUGAACAGCUGAAGCCUGGCUCCCUGAUUGUAAUCCGUGGCCAUAUUCCUAAUGAUGUGGACAGAUUCCAGGUAGACCUGCAGCAGGGCAACAGCCUGAAGCCUAGGGCUGACGUGGCCUUCCACUUCAACCCUCGCUUCAAGAGGUCCAACUGCAUUGUUUGUAACACGCUGACCAAUGAGAAGUGGGGCUGGGAGGAGAUCACCUAUGAUAUGCCCUUCAGGAAAGAAAAGUCCUUUGAGAUCGUGAUCAUGGUGCUAAAGAACAAAUUCCAGGUGGCUGUAAAUGGAAAGCACACCCUGCUGUACGCCCACAGGGUUGGCCCAGAAAAGAUAGACACACUUGGCAUCUAUGGCAAAGUGAACAUUCAUUCCAUCGGGUUCAGCUUCAGCUCGGAUUUACAGAGUAUGGAAACAUCUACUAUGGGAGUGACACAGAUAAGUAGACAAAAUAUACAAAACUCUGGCAAGUCCCAGCUGAGCCUGCCAUUUGAAGCAAGGUUGAAUGCCCCCAUGGGCCCUGGACGAACUGUUGUCAUUAAAGGAGAAGUGAAUACAAAUGCCAAAAGCUUUAAUGUUGACCUAGUGGCAGGAAAAUCAAAGGAUAUUGCUCUACACUUGAACCCACGCCUCAACAUGAAAGCAUUUGUAAGAAACUCCUUUCUUCAGGAUGCCUGGGGAGAAGAGGAGAAAAAUAUCACCUGCUUCCCAUUUAGUUCUGGGAUGUACUUUGAGAUGAUAAUUUACUGUGAUGUCCUAGAAUUCAAGGUCGCGGUAAACGGUGUGCACAGCGUGGAGUACAAACACAGAUUUAAAGAGCUCAGCAGUAUUGACACACUAGCAGUUGAUGGUGAUAUCCGUUUGCUGGAUGUAAGGAGCUGGUAGCUACCACGAUUGCUAAAAAUCCCGAAAUACAGCAAAAUGGCUUAUAUGGUACUGGCCAUGUCAAAUGCAUUUUGCUUUUAUCACACUCUUCAUAUUGUUAAAUUAAGCUCAUACAACAUCAAGUCCUACUGGUGUUCUCAAGCCUGGCCAUGCAGCAUGGCUACGUCUACAUUCAGAAGAACAAAUCUGGGGCAAUCACAGCUGACGGCCAGCGAGGCUCUGCACACUGGGCCCCCUCUUGUAAAACCAUACUCAACAAAUAUUUAAGUGCCUACUCUAAUAUAUUUCCUGUGUAUAUUCUGAGCUGGGUAUAGACACAGCAGUGACCUGAACUAGUGCGGUCCCUGUUCUCGGGCACUCUCAAGCCCACAGUCUCCUA